AAUCACACCAGAAAAUUUAAUUAAACUUUAUCGACAAAAAUUCCCAAACGACCAAUAAAUUCCUCACUCCGUCUCUUCAGUCUCAGACGGUCGCUCUUCUCUCACCGACGCUUCAUUGCCCUAAUUUGAAGUGUUUGGCUCUGCGAAAAUCUGCAAUUUCAGUGUUGGUCUUGGAGAUUGGCCUCUGUAGCAAGAGAAGAUGGAUCUGUUGAGCAGUUUACCAGACGAGGUUCGUUGUCUUAUAUUGUCCUUCCUUACCACAAAGGAGUCUGCUGCGACAUCUGUUCUCUCAAAGAAGUGGCGCAAUCUGUUUGUGCUUGUCCCUAAUCUCGACUUUGACGACUCUGAGUUUCUUCAUCCGGAAGAGGGUAAGCGGGAAAGAGACGGUAUUCUUCAGAGUUUCAUGGAUUUUGUGGAUAGAGUAUUGUCUUUGCAGGGCAAUUCUCCCAUUCGUAAGUUCUCUCUCAAGUGUGAAACUGGUGUUUCUCCAGCUCGUGUUAAUCGUUGGUUAUGUGAAGUACUGCAGCGUGGUGUUUCGGACCUUGAUCUCACCAUUGAUUUGGGAUAUGGUUAUUCUCUGCCUCAUGAGUUGUUCGUGAGUGAGACACUAGUCAAUCUGAAAUUUAAAAGUGCUUUUGGUAUUCAUUGGUGGACUGGAGCUGAAGGCACUUCCUUGCCAAUGCUUAAAAGUCUUUGUGUGUACUCUGGGAGGUUUUUUUGUGAUGAUAACUUUCAGGAGCUUCUUCCUUGUUUCCCUGUGCUUGAGGAAUUACAAAUGUCUAAUAUGCAGUGGAUGGAUGUUGAUGAAACCGUGUCAAGUUCAACCCUCACAACGCUCCAUAUUACUGGCAUCCGCUGUGUAAAUCCAAAGAGCAUUUCUUUUGAUACUCCAAAUCUGCUUUCCUUUGUCUACACUGAUUUUGUUGCGGAGGACUAUCCAUUAGUUAAUAUGAAAAACUUGUCUCUGGCUCGACUCGCCCUUAGAGCAAAUGAUGAUCAAAUCAAGCGAGUAAGAGGGCCGAAUAAUGAUUUGUUAGAGAAUGAUGUCGUUCUCCACUUUGGCAAUGUGGUGAAGCUCAUGAAUGGCAUACAAAAUGUUCAGGAACUUCACUUGUGUCCUGAUACUGUCGAGGUGCUUUCUCUAUGCUGUGACUCGAUGCCAGUGUUCAACAACGUCAAAAAGUUACUUAUUUACAGUGACGAGGGUCGAGGAUGGCAAGCAGUGCCAGUUCUUCUAAGGAAUUGUCCUCAUUUAGAAAUUCUAAUAUUUGAGGGUCUCGUGCACCAUGUGACAGAUAAAUGCGGGGAUGCUUGUGACUGCAUUUAUCGGAAGGACAAAGGCCGUUCGCUCUCAUCAUGUCCAGUGAAAGUGGUAGAGAUUAAAGAGUUUGGAAUAACAAUGAAAGAGAAGUACAUGAUAGAGCAUUUCUUGGACUACUUUUCGUGUUUGAAGGAGAUGAAUAUCUAUGUUGAAAAGGAUGGCGUUACACAGAUCAUGAACAACCCUGAAGUGUCUAAACUUGUCUUGGAUGAGAUGGAAGAGUAGAACGAGUUAUAUAGUUGCAAUGUCAAGAUAUUCUUGUGUAAGAAGUCGAUUCCACAAUGAAGUCUCUGGAGAACAAAGCCUCUUUGGAAUUUGACUUGGGUUUAAUUUUGUUCAAUCGGCUUGAAAACCGUCUCAAACCAAGUCAAAGAAUCUAUUCUUAACAGUAAUUUUUUUUUCUUUCAGUUUACUUGUGUACCGAUCCAAUGAUGUUUACUUGAAAGUGGCAAAGAUUAGUAACAUUUGUUCAA